CCCCCGCUCACAAUCAUCUCCCCUAAUCCGUCGAUAGCAUUAAUCGCCGGCCCUGCCCGAGCUCUGCUUCCCACCUGAGUCGCCUCGCCGCCAGCUUGCUCACCAGAUCCCCUGCUCCGCCGCCGUCUCACCGCGACUCCUCUAGCCAACGACGCCUCUCCGCUCCGUGACCACCCCGGCCACCGACGCCUCUCCGCUCUACCUCACCAGCCCGCUCCAUCCGCCUCGCGCACCUCCAGCUUCGCCUCACAUCAGUGGACCGCAGCGCCAAGACUCCUGCCCCAUAGUUCCUCACUCGAGCCUCCCCGUCGAGCAGCAUGGCUACCACCUAGUCCACUCCACCGACGCUACCUUGUUCGAUUCCUCGGAAUUUUCUCACUCGCUAGGCUGUCCCAUCUACUGAAUCGGCUGCAUCCCCAUCGAUUUGGAUCGGCCGGCCGGAGUAUUGGCCAUUGGAUUUCUAAAUUGCGGCUCUAUUUUUGAAGAUCCCCAACCUUGAGACAAAGGUGACACUCAACAAUGACUAAAAAGGAGUCGAUCAUACUGCAGAGUCGAUAUUCAGCUGAUAGGUUACAUGAUAUUGUCAAGGGUCUCUCACAGAGAAGGAAAGACCUCAUUUGCACACAAAAAUGGGGUAAUCUACUUAAUAUUGGCAAAUUCUCAGCUCCAAAGGGUCUCCUAGAAUGGAUUGUUGACCGGAUUAACCCGAAGCUAGGUGAAUUUCGGAAUCCACGAAACAAUACCAACAUUCUAUUCACUCGACAAAUGGUUGAAAAGGCUCUCGGGCUUCCGACUGGUACUAGGCCGGUGGUUAUCAUAAGCAAGCAUGAAGAAUCACCUCAUCGAGAAUUCUACAAAACGGACUAUGAACAUGGGAGACGGGCGCCCAUUCACCAUGCUGCAACUAUGCUAGAAAAAGGCACUGAUCUAGAUGAUGAGACCUUCUUUAGGACAUUCUUUCUCGUAGCAUUGGCUACUCAUUUUACACCCGGAACUGGAAAUAUGGUUCCUUUGGAAUAUUUAGGCAGCCUUGAAGUUGCUUCUGAGGUUUGCGAGUAUGCAUGGGGAGAGCAAAUUCUCAAAGAUGUCAUGUCUGAGGCCGAUACAUUCCAAAAGAAGAAAAAAGCACUACUAGAUGGUGUCUUCAAAAAAAUCUGGGUCGGCAGCUGCCUACCCGUGCUCGCGGUAUACACACUAUACUACACAUCUGUUUCUAUAGCAAAUUUCAUAGCCUUAUUCUUUCAUUUAAAUACACAUGUUUUGGUCAUACUUUUUAUUCCAGAUUAUAUACAUGAAUCAUCUUUGUCGACGCAUCGCAUAAAUUACUCACUUCCCAGAUCAUCCCAUGUAAUCGAUGCCGACUUCGAAUUUGUCAUGCUCGCUGAUAAAAGUAGACUGAGCCAAACCCACAUAUUUAUGGCGCACGACCGUUUCGUGCACCUCAGGCAACCCCAUAUGUCGUUGUAGUGCCAAUCUACCAGCAGCAAUCUACUCAACAGCCAUAUGUUCAACAAACAGAAAAUGAUUCUACCAACCAUCCAGCAGAGGUACCUGUCGGUGUCAAAACCGGCAGAUCUCGGGUAAGGGGUCCCAAGUUGUGCGUCUUAGGAUCAAUGGUAACAUGGACACGGGAUUUACCCAGCUUCGGGCUCUCUCGAAGAGAUAAUACCCUACAUGCUGCUUUUGAUUGUACUUGAUGUAUAUGAUUACAGAGUUGAUCUA